AUGCGCCCAAACCCUGACGGCAAGAGACUGCCCUCUACUGGGUUUGACGGCGAGAACAUGUACAUGAAUGAAAACAGCCCCGAGUUCCUCCCGCCAAAUCAGGUUAGUGGAGUUGAGAUCAGUUUGGGGGGGGGGGGGGGGGGGGGGGGUCCUGGCUCCACUAGCUUUUAUGCCGUGGUUCAGGGAGUGCGCUCCGAGCUGAUGGAUGACCAGAAAAGUCAGUACUCAUCAUGA